CACCGCGCCUCGCGCUCUCCCCUCUCCGAACAAUGCUGUCCCUCUCCGCGGCUCCCCUGUCCUUCUCCGGCGCGCCGGUGCUGCGGCCGACCCGCAUGGGGCCCAGCCCGACCAUGGCGGUCGAGGACCUGGUUGGCGGCAUCAACGACCCGAUCUUCGGUGGCACACCCGAGGGCAAGGUGUGGGACCCGCUUGGCCUUGGCGCGGAUGAGGCGUCGCUGUACCGCCGCCGCUGCGUCGAGAUCAAGCACGGCCGCGUGUGCAUGGUCGCCUUCCUUGGCAUGACUGUUGGGCCCAACGAGCUCUUCCAGCCUACGCACCAGCUGCUGUCCCCGUCGCUCGGCCUCCACUUCGACGACAUCCCGGGCGGCAUCGCCGCGAUUGACUCGGUUCCGGCUGCGGGCUGGCUCCAAAUCAUUGCGCUCGUCGGCGUGCACGAGCUCACGAUUGCCAAGCAAGACUACACCAAGGAGCCCGGCGAGAUCCCAACCUUCCUCGGCUUCAAGUCGGAGGACCCGGAGGUGUUUCGCAACAAGCAGCUGAAGGAGCUCAAGAACGGCCGCCUCGCGAUGAUCGCCGUGCUCGGCGAGCUCAUGGCGCAGAAGGUGUCCGGCAUGGGCACCUACGAGCAGCUCGGCCUUAUCGUCAAGGACGGCGCCGCCCUCGCGGGCGUUGAGCUGCCUUUCUAGAGCUGUACGUGUUCUCUCUCUCGCUGCUGCGCCAAAUCUAGCAUGGUCUCUGAUCGAGUGGUCUGCCCCCGCCUGCCCCCAGCGCGGCGCAGCGCGCGCCGAGCUUCGUGUAAGCCCCUGUCCCUCUAUCUUCUUUCGUGAAAACAAUUAAGGGAUGGG